ACGUUAAUUUUAGUCUACCAUAUAGUCCGGUUAUGUACCGAUUACCAGAUUUUAAUGUAACUAUUUCGAGGGAGACAACUCCGAUAAUUGAUUAUAAACUGAAAUUUUUGCACAAAGAAAACGGACAACUUCGAGAUGUCAGCGUUGGGGGUAGAGGCAGGUCUCAGAGAGUUGCCUUACUACAAAACCAUUCUUAAAUCAUGUCUCAGGAAGCAGAUUGGAGCUCUGCUUGAAGAACUUGCUACAGAGACCGGGGAGGAGUCAAUUAUUGUAAUGGCCGAUAGAGGUAGCAGAUCAACUUCAUAUCUUGCAUCAAAGAGAGCUACACAUUUUCUGGAAAAAAUCCAGAAAUCAAGAAACUUGGACAUAAAAAAUGAGUUCCUAUCAUAUUGUUUAAGUGGUUUAGCAAGUGAAGCAAGAGAAGUAAGAAAACCUAGCACAGCUAAAAGGAAGGCAAAGAAUGUGGCAAAGGGAGGUAACUUGUCAAAAAAGCCCAAGCUUUUAAAUUUUGAAUGUCAUGGUGAUGGAAAUAGUUCGAGAACAGAAUUUGAAAACUGGGAGCCUGUUAGACUUAAUUCAGAAAGAGACAGUAAUGAAGAUGCUGCAUUGGCAAGAAAUGAAGAUAAACUAUCUGAAGGUCCCAAUCUCAGCCAGAAUCUGUGAACAUCCAAUUAAUAAUAGAAAAUAACCAGGAAGGUGAAAAUUUAAAGGAAACUAUAAAUAAUGAAUUUGAUGAUUCAAUAAGAGUCAAAAUGGAACCCUUAUCUGAUACGGACACCAUGGAAGACACAUCGAAUAUGAGUAUAAAAAUUGAACCAAAUAUAGAACAGAAUUCACUGGCGUGGCAAGAUCAAUCUCAAGGCAGUGAGUCAUUAGACAUGAGUGUGUUAACAUCAUCUGAACAAAGUUUUGAUAUGUCUUUGAAUCUGACCACUCCUGUUAUGGCAGGGCAGACAAUAGGUCCUAUAAGAUUUGUCCGAAAGUUUCCACCAAAAGAAAGAACAACACUUUCCUUACCUGAGAAGAUCCAUAUAAUAGAGGAGUUUGAAAUGGCUGAUGAGGGCCUGUCACAGAGGAAACUGGCAGAUAAGUACAAGAUCAGUAAAACGGCUGUUGGCGAUAUGCUUAAAAACCGCCAAUUACUGAAGGAACAGUUCGAAUUCAACUCAAACACAAAACGAAAAAGGUUUAAGACAAAUAGCAAAUUUGCCCAAGUUAACGAGUUAGUUUGGCAGUGGUAUAAAGUGUCGCGGGAGAAUGGUGUUCAAAUGUCAGGGCCAAUGAUUCAGGAGAAAGCCCUUCAAGUGGCCCAGAAUUUACAAGCCAAAAAUUUCAAAGGAUCAAACGGGUGGCUGCACAGUUGGAAGAGCCGUUACAAUGUGACGUCAUUUAAAGACGAUACGGGUCUUACUCCAAAAUUAAACUAUAUCAAUGAUUACAGUAAGGUUGAAGGACAAAAUCCUUCACUGCAAACAUCUGAUGCCGCCAAUAUUAUCAUGAAUCUUGAUACUAUACGUAAACGUAACUUAUUGAAUGUAAAUGCAGCAAACAUGCAGGGAUCUGUUGCCAAUUUAAGCAGUGUAGAAUGUUCUAAUAGUUCACAAAUGGGCAAUAAUGACAGAGAUAAUAGUAAGUGUGAGGAUAAGUCAGGUGUUAGUAGUGAAACCCCUAAUAUUUCAGAAAUUUUAAAUAAUGCGCGAACUGUGUCAAGUGUGGCAUUGAAAGCAAGUUUAGAUAACUCGGUGAAAACUGAGCAAGAUCCUUCAGACACAGGUGAUGAUAGUCAUUUAGCAAAGACAUAUGACAAAGUUGUUGAGAAUGCAUUGUCCGAGUACGAAGAUAUUAGUUAGAUCUGAUUAAAAUGUUGAUCAAAUUGAGGCUCUAAUUCAAUACUCCUUAAAGUGGCCUUCAGAUUUUCUAAUUAUUCAAUAUGUUAUUUUUAGAUAAAUCGUUCCAUAUUAUAAGUUGUCAAAUCAUAAGAGUUAUGGUGUAAAAUGAAAUGUGCAGACGAUUAAAUACUUGAGUAAUAAGGAAACCCCUCUAUACCUCUAAUCUACUGGUGGGCUUUCUAAUUCUUUUUCUAUUUUUAGAAACGAACAUCACUGACGUGGUAUAAAUAGCUCUCUGGACGCUGUUUUAAAGAAGGCUUACAGUGAGUGAUAAGAUGUCUUUUUUCCAAAAUAAAAUUACUGAAAUACUAAGUUUGAAGCAACACAGAAUUGUUUUUACAACAGAAAAUAUAAGCUGAAGGCAGCUUUAAACGCAAGUGGAUUUUUU